AUGACCUCAUGCACAGGAGCGCGUCCGAAGCCUACUGCACGAUCGCUAGGAUCACAGAGUACUCCUUAUAGAGAUUCCACGGCGCGCACAAGGAAAGCCGAACGACCAUCUGUAGGCCAUGCGACCGGCUCUUUGACUCGUUUGCCGCUUUUGGGGACCAAUAACACCAACCAGAUUGGUCUAACCACGUCGAACGCAUCGCAGCCGUCAGCUUGGGACGGAAGAAGCUCAAUACCUAGACGAAGACUCCAACAAUGUUCUCCUUCGUCUUCCACCGUCCAAGCCAAUCUUAGCGAGAGUGGGCCAGCCUGCCCUUGGCCGCGUAGAUCAGCAGCUGUGCAGAAAAUCCAGCCAAAGAAUGGUCAGCAACAUCUAAGCCUAGAAGACGAGACGCGAAAGCUGUUGGAAUGGGCAAGCACCUUCCCACGCGAGUCAGCAAUGAUUGAAGGGAGCCCGGAGGACUUGCCAGAUUCACGGACAGGAGAAUAUCCAGUGAGUUUGGGAAACGGAGAGCAACAACAACGGCUGGCAGAGAGAUUUUACUGGCCUUCGGCUGACCGGCCUUUAGUCAUGGACGAGGUCGUGCCCUGGACAAGAUCUGAGGCCCCUAUCAUCCAGAUCGGUAUGGAAACGGAGUUUAAAAUCAACAUCCGUGACCAAAACAAGUUCCAGCCCUACAUUGGAGACUUUGCAAAGGACCUCGCAUAUAAGUAUAACCGAAGGGUGCCCAACAAGUAUCCUCGAAUGCAUCCGUACAUACAACCUUAUCUGGAACAGACUAAAUACGAUAGCUGGUACCUGGUUGAGGAUUCUUCCAUUCUAGAUAGUCAAGUUUCACCCUUCGGAAUCGAGUUAGUCUCACCAAUGUUCUCGGCUUUUCCUGGCUCAACGUGGCGAGAAGGUGUUGAGGCAAUGUGGACUUAUCUGCACAAAUAUUACCUUAUUCACGGCAACGCUUGCUGUGCAACGCACGUACACAUAUCGCUGAAGCCUAUUUAUUCAUUGCAAGAAAUUAAACGAAUUGCCCAAGCUGCCAUUCAUUUUGAGCCAGCGUUCGAGGUCUUAGUGCCCCCUGAACGCCGCUGGAAUUGGUAUGCCAGGAGUAAUUGGAUAGACAAUUGCGGUCUAGCAUUGCGUGACAAAUCACGACCUGAAUCUAUUCAAUUGGUUGAAGAAACAUCGAGUAUGAGCGGAUUAAUGCUACUACUACACCCCUUUUACGAACGAAACUAUUGUUGGAAUUUCGCCAGCCUUGUGACCAAGGGAACGAUUGAAUUCCGCAAACCUCCAGUCAGCACGUCUGCAGAUGAGGCUCUCUGCUGGGCCGAACUCGUCAUGUCUUUCAUUCAAACAUCCAUCCAGUGCGAAUCGAUGGAGAAGCUGCAGAUGGUCCCUCCUAACGUCGGUGGCCUUCGUUGGUUUGUGUCGCAGUUCAAUGUACCCGGAAAAAAUGAGCCAGCGCGCUUAGAAAGGCUAUGGCAAGGCAAGCACCCCAAAGCGAUGUUGCAACCCGUACCUGCGGGACAGAUCUAUCCAGGAGUACCGCUCACACCUCGAGAAAAAUGGCAUCUAGCGCGUUUGGCACGAGCAGACCGACAAAGGAUUGAGAGGCUGGCAAAGAACGCUCGAGAGCCGUACUGGUGA